AACUCCCAUGAUGCACUGCGCGGCGUUUCUUCGCCUCAUUGCCCUGAACUGGGAAGCGAGGCAAGUUGAAGCGGCCGGGAGAGGGGUUCCCCUGGUAACGGCCUCUCGCUAGGGAUGGGGGAGCCCGGCAGGUACAGGUGCGUCGAGUGCAACCGGGAAGCUCCUGAGCUGUACAGGGACUAUCAGCGCGGGGUGCUGCGCAUCGCUAUCUGCAAAUCCUGCCAGAAACCUGUGGACAAGUACAUUGAGUAUGAUCCUGUUAUCAUCUUGAUUAAUGCCAUCUUAUGCAAAACACAGGCUUACAGGCAUAUUCUUUUCAAUACACAAAUAAAUAUUCAUGGGAAGCUUUGCAUAUUUUGUUUGCUUUGUGAAGCUUAUAUCAGGUGGCUGCAGCUACAGGAUUCAAGCCAAAACACAGACCCUGAUGACUUGAUCAGAUAUGCCAAAGAAUGGGAUUUUUAUAGAAUGUUUGGAAUUGCUUCUUUAGAACAAACUGCAUUUUUGGUUGGCAUCUUUACUGCCCUUUGGCUAGCAAGACCUGAGAGCCUGAAAACAAAGUCAGACUUCAUCUUUCUUCUGAAAGCCCUGCUGUUGUCUAGCUAUGGAAAACUUCUAUUGAUUCCAGCUGUUAUUUGGGAACACGACUAUACGCCUUUGUGCCUCAAACUCAUAAAAGUAUUUGUCCUGACAUCAAACUCUCAAGGGAUUAGAGUUACCUUGAAUUUAAGCCAAACGCUCACUUUGUUGGCCAUCUUGAGUGGAUUAAUUUUGGAAAAUGGUAUAGUCUACUUCUUCCAGAGAAUGGGAUGGAAUGUUUGAAAAGGCAGCCCAGUGUCCAUUUUCUAAAACUUGGAUUAUUUUGAAAAUCUAAAGAAAAACCAACAUGGUACAUUCUCAAAGAAUUAUCCUCCUACAGCAAGCCUCAAAUCAGCCUCAAAUAGUUUUAUGAACAAAAACUUUCCAUGGUAAUUGACUGGAAACAGUUAUGAUUUAAAAUGGAAAACUCCAGUAGUCUGGCAACUGUAUGUGUUAUACCAGAAAAUGUCAGUCUAAACUUGCUUACUUUCACACCAAAAAUAUGUGUGAGCCACUAGCCUAAUAGCUUCCAUAGAUCCAGCUGUAACAGAAAAAUGAAGGCUAAUAAUUUCAGUACUACCACCAAUCACUACUUCAGAUGUUUUUUCAGAAGGAGCUGAAUGAGAUAUUUUCCUUAGGAGAGAAAAGGAGUAAUUGAGAAAAUUGAAAUUGAGAAAGUACUGGUUUUGUUUUCCUAAGAGUCAUGAACAGAUAAAGAACUAAGUAUGGCCAGAAUUGACUGCUCCGUAGUACAGUACAAUUACAAUGGACAGACUAAGCUUCAUUCUUGGAUAUUUGUGAAACAAGCCAAAACAAUAAAGGAGUUAUUUGUAUUUUAAUCUA